AUGGCGCAGCGAUGUUUCCUCGUGGUUUCCACGGUGCUUCUUGGACAAAUUAGUUGUUCCAAAUGGAUGUUGGAUGAUUCCAAGAUCCCACCCGACGAUCCUCGAUGCCUCAGUCGAAUGUCGUGCAAGGGUCGUUGUGGGGACUAUUUUGGGACCACAAAACCAUUGGAGAGCUUAUGUGCUUGCGAUGAAGACUGCAAUUUCUUUGGGGAUUGUUGUAAAGACUAUACCGAUUAUUGUCCUCAGGGCGUGACUCCGGUCAUCUUGCAUCACCAUGGCGAAGUCCAAUGCUUCGCCAUGCAUCCAUCCAUGGAAGAGGCUUUGGGCGUGUAUGUAGUCUCUCAGUGUCCUCCUUCGUUCUCGGAUGCCACGAUCCGAUCCAUGUGCGAGAUCCUUGACGAUUUCAACAAGACAUUGGAUGAAAAAAUCUGGUUCAAAAACAGCUUUUGUCAGCAAUGUUGGCUAGGCGAGUUGUCUAGCUCGUUAUUGGCGAAAUUGCGGAAAGUCAACGGCAGUCGUUAUUGCAUUCCGGAGCUAAAUGGAUGUAGAAGUCCACAAUUCAGUAAUGCUCUCCAAAAAGAGAUUUGCGACAAAUAUUACAUGCCAGUUUUGUAUGAGGAUCACUCCAGCGGAAUGGCACAGUUCAUCGCUUAUAACAACUUGGAUUGUUUGACUUGUGACACAGAGGAGGCCACUUGGGAUCAAAUUUAUUGUUAUCCAUUGGGAACCUAUCCUCUUUUGGGUUCCGGGACCAAAGAUUUCACGUUCAUCAACCCCCGCAAUCCCAGCCGACAAGAGGUUCUCUUCACUAGCGUGCUGAAAAACGCCUUCUCCUUUGGGAUCCCGGAGUCCAUUUCAAUUCUCAUCAACUUUGGAUUCAGCGAAAAGCAUGUCAUGUACAGUGCCGAAGAGUGGAACGAGAAUUGCGGUUCCAACGCGGUGUAUGAUCCAUUUUCCGAGGUCUGUCGGGCCCUCUAUUGCAAUUCAAACUUUGAUUUGAGCGACUUUGAAUGUUUGAACGAGAGUGAAUCCAAUGGAACGAGUCAUGGAUCUAUCCUUCUGCCAAGUGCUGAUGUCCUAGUUCGCUUGGGAGUGCUGGCUUUCACGCAAAAGGCCAAUCAGACUUCUCCAGAGGAAGUCCGUCGAAUGAUCCACACCAAUUUUGAGAUUCAAUUCUGCGACUUUCUCUACAUAUCGCACAACCGGACCUCAAACUUGUCCGUAUCAUUUGUGGGGAAUAAGACCUUGAGUGGCAAAGACGCCAAUGUGGAUCUGGUGGCUAAUAUUACUCAAGCACUCAUUGAGGAACAUCGCCUGACAGAUUACAUUAUCGAGUACACUGAGUUGCAAGAGCUGGUUUUGGGAUUGAACUUUUUCAACGAAGCUCUGGAAUUUACACUCAACUUUGUUCUGAAAGAGCGUGCCAAGGAUAAUCGGACCCAAGAAGAUGCCACGGAUCGUGUGAUUGCACAUCUCACGGAGAUCAUUUCGGAAAACAAUUUCCAAUUUGAGAUGAACGGCAUUCAAGUUAUGGUCACAUCUAUGCACGAAAGCACCCUCUAUUCAGACACGGAGCUCGCCAUCUGGUGCAGAGGUGGCCAACUCACCAAUUACACUCAUGACCUUAUCAACAUUUCCAUCGCCAGUGACAACGAGAAAUCGGUCUAUGAUGGAAAUUGGACAAUGUCGAUUGUGAUUUUGGAGAGUGGCGAGAACUUCUCGGAGGGCGAGUUUGUGGCCAAUCUCAUGUAUCAAGGCGUUUAUCAUGACGACAUUGCGGAUUUCUCAGGAACUGUCCUCGUCUGUGAGAAUCGUGCUUUUAUCAAUGACUCAGCGUGUCCUCGGGUUCGGUUCAAGCCCGACCAAUUCGAUUGGGACAACUAUCAAGCCAACAAGGGUGACCUCAACUUCACGGGUGACGCAGUGGACCUGUUCGGCAUUGACAAUCCGCUUCACCAUUGGCAGUACAAAGUGUUGGGUAAUGGAGACAUUGAAACUUGCGUGGACAUUUGGAUGCCUCCAUUUCUCAUGACGGAUCUAGUUGAGGCCUAUCUUAGCUUGAUUUUGACCUCGACCUCGGCCCUUUGUCUCCUCAUCACGCUGUUGACGUACUCGCUCUUCUCGGAACUUCGUAAUUUACCUGGACUCAACCUCAUGGGGCUAGCAUUAAGUACCUUCACUUAUCAAGUAGUAUUUCUGAGCGGCGUCAAUGAAGCGACCACCAAACAUCACAACCUUUGCAUUCUUGUGGCAGUUAUUGUUCAUUUCUGUAUAUUAAACUCAUUCUUUUGGACCAAUGUCAUGGCUUGGGACAUCUACCAGACCUUUGGCAAGCGUAACAUCAUCUCUCGUAUCCGACCCAAACGUUAUAUUCGCAAGUACACUUUCUACACUUGUGGGAGCAGCUUCCUCAUCGUGAGUUUUGCCGUCUUAUGUGAUUUUUCCGAAGUCAUACCUAAUUUCCACGUGGGUUACGGGCAAUACUCAUGCUGGAUCAGUAACGCUGAAGCGGCGGCUGUCUUCAUCGCUUUGCCCGUGACCGUCAUUCUCAUUGCUAACAUUGUAUUGUACCUCCUUACAAUCUCGUCCAUCAAUCAUGUGUCCAACCUUGUUCGAAACCGAGGAGUCCAGAGUCGUCGGGGUCGGAGGGAUGUCUUACUCUAUAUACGUAUCUUUUGCAUCCUUGGAUUUACCUGGCUAUUUGGACUCCUAACGAUCCUGGUGCCAAGCACUGAAGCGAUGCGAUCAGUGGAAAUGAUCCUGGUCUACUUUCACGUCAUUUUCAAUGGACUUCAAGGCGUCUUCAUCUUCUCCGUCUUCACGACCAAUAAGCGAGUAUUCAAUCUAUACAAGGAAAUGUUCAAAUCCCUGAGGAGCAAAUUUCACCGCCAACCAAUUCCACUGCAAAACCGAUCAACUCAUUUACGUCAUCCACCCGCCAUUGAAGUCCAUCACCACUUGUGUACAUGCGCCAAGGACAAGUUCAAGACCGACAACGAGUCGUUUCACAACUGUCUUUCCUCUCUGGAAGUGAAUGAUGCCAUUCUAGUGUUCGCCAUGGACGAAGAUGGCCGCAUGAAGCUGCGCAAUCGGAAGGCAUCCAAUGAGAGCAACGCGAGCAAUCAGUCGACAAUCACUCAGAGCACUUCCCUUGGGUCUUUCCGACAGAACUCGAACGACACAGUGCGCCAAUUUGAAUGCAACCUCUCCGAUGUGGAUGAGGAUCGAGAGACGACUUCGCAAACCUUAAGCCAUGAAGUCACUGAAGAAGCCAAGGGUUCAACUCUCGGAUAAGGGAUUUCAAUAUGAACGAGUUAAUCGGAAGAGAGAAGGGUUCUUAGCAAACGCAUGUUAACAUUGUUAUAUUUCUUGUGUCAAUCAUUACAUAUAUAGUACAUUACAGAGGCGUAUACGGAAGA